AGGAGCUCUUUGUAUCACUGGUCCGCGAGGUACCACAGCACCAAGGACACGCGCGGCAGCAGCAGCAGCAGCGGCGGCGGAGGAACAUUAAGGCACAGUGUCCCAACGAGGGACAGACAGGGUCCAGCAACGUCCCCUGUCCAAACCACACACCGCUACUGGUUACAUACAACGUCAAACGAAGCUUCUUGAAGUGCACCAUUGCUUGUUAAGGGACUCGCCACAAACCGCCCAACUUUGGAAAAGGUUACCCCGGUGGUCUGUGACAUACACGGAGGUAGGAGAAGAAAGGAGCCCGGAGACGCGGACAGACGGAGAAGUGGAUGUAUUUUCAGCCAUGGAUGUAACAGUUUACCCGCCUCCUCCACAGCCUCUGGCCGCGCCAGACCACACCAGACUGGGACAGUUCCCCUACCCUGACCCGGCCUUUGGCACCAACAAGCUGGAAGGGGACACCAUGUUCCUGGGUAUGCCAGACACAGGCCUUGACUUUGCCUCAACCAAUCAGUUUCGUGUCCCACAGCCCCCUCACCCUGUGAGCAAGGUGACGCCGCCUAACCCACCCUCACAGCAUUGGAGGAGGGACGCACACGUGACCGACACACACCGUCUGCCCUGGUCAUUCUCCAUGGGGGGUUUGGGUGAUGAGGACUUCAACAUCCCACCCAUCACCCCCCCCACCCUGCCAGACCACAUGCUGCCCCCCCAUCUCCCCCAUGAUUCAUCCUCUGGACCGUACCACCCCCUGGACCCUUCCUCCAGCUCAGGUCCACAUCACCCCUACCAGCUGCAGGGCAUGGAUCUGCCAGGCAUGCCUGGUAGCCAAGAUGGAGCUGCUAUGUUGAACCAAGAUGGCAGCACGUUCAGCCCGAAUGGCGGCCCGAUGACCAGUACUCUGUCUGUGAUGCAGCAGAUGGUCAACUCUGACUCUCGGUUUACCAGUAGCCAGCAGCCAAUGGAAGCAGCGCUUGGACCCAGGAACCAAUCAGGCAUGAGCCAGCAAAGUCAGUUGACCACCGUCAACCAAUCCCAGCUGGGGCAGAGUGGGAACUCUGUUACCCACAAUUCUCCCUCACCUCCUGGAAGUAAAUCUGCCACACCAUCUCCCUCCAGUUCAGCACAUGAGGACGAGAAUGAUGACGGACUCAGGCUGGGCAGUGGAGGAGAGAAGAGGCCAGCAACAGUGGACAUCUCCAAGAAACCUAAAACGCCAAAGAAGAAGAAGCGAAAGGACCCUAAUGAGCCAGUGAAGCCAGUGUCCGCCUACGCCUUAUUCUUCAGGGACACCCAAGCCAACAUCAAGGCCCAGAACCCCAACGCUACCUUUGGGGAGGUGUCAAAGAUAGUAGCCUCCAUGUGGGAUGGCCUGGGAGAGGAACAGAAGCAGGUGUACAAGAAGAGGACAGAGACAGCUAAGAAGGAAUAUCUGAAACAGCUGGCUGCCUACAGGGCCAGUCUGGUCUCACAGAGCUACAACGAUCCAUCUGAAAUGAAGCCGCCCCACUCUUCCUCCUCGUCUUCCUCUUCCUCUACCUCAAUGUUUACACCCAAACCUCCAGUCUACUCCGGUCACACAGGCCAGCACCCCUCCCACCCUCACUCUCUCCCUCCCCCUCAGCAUCCAGGCAUGUACAUGGCAUAUCCUCACCCGUCACACCCUUCCCACACCUCAAGCCCUGGCCUUGGCCCCCACCUGCCCCCUCCUCACACCCAGAUCCACCCCCAGCUCCAGGCUCUGUCCUCCAGGGGGACGGUGCCGCGGCCCAGUGUCCCCCACCAGGGGCCUCUGUCCCUCGGCAGCAUGACAGCAGCAUCCACCCCUCCUCUCCAAGUCAGCCCUCCCCUCCACAGCCAGGCACACCUGGGAGGGCUGCACAGUCCACACCAUCAGCACCAGCAGCUCAGUGGACACUCACUGGGAAUGACACACUCACCUGCCAUCACACAGGGUUAUCCCCCUUCCCUCCAGCCUGACUACCAGCCAAUAGGAGGAGGUAUGCUUAAUGGUGGAGCAGUGAUGUCAUCAUCAAUGGACUACCACCAGCUGGGUCGACACACGCCGAACCACCACCCCUCUCUGGACUGGAGCACUGAUUACCAUGGCAACGGAGGUCUUCAGCGAGACAAGCAUCUCUAUCUGAGCUAAUCUCAGGACAAAGUGACGCCACACUUCUGCUGCCACAUCCCGGAACCUCAUUUGACAUGCACCCAGGCCAGCCUACUCCAAUCUCACCCCUUUGAGGACUCAACCGACAGAUCAGCCUACUUUUGAACUUCACUUGAGUUCAGCACUUCAGACAAAAGCGCAAGCAGUAGAAAAAUGGGACAUAUUUGUCCAUUGCUAAAAUGCCUCUUCUAAGGCACAACAGGACAAUGUAAAGAACGAGAAGAGGAAACACCUUCGUCCAGCUCCUGCAUGUCCCUUGGCUGGAAAGACAUCUGCGGUUGGCUGUAUUUGUCGGUCCUGAUCAUUUACAGAUGCAAUGAUUUGAAUUGGAAAUGUUUAUAGCAGUGAGGGGAGUUGGACAGGUCCUAUGCUGUGAAACAUUGUGAUAGGUGUACAUACCCCAACCUCCCUCACAAAGGAAUAUUCUGUCUAGUUUCCUGUCUGCCCUAAAAAGUUCAAAUCUCCUUCCUCAUUUCGUAAAGAGGAUAUUUACCGUCAGGUCCAAAAGGCUCUGAAGAGCAAGUGUACAUAGCUGUAACAUAAUUGUUUGCGCUGUCAAAUUAAAGCAAACGAUUUUAUUUUAUUUCUUUUUUUUGACCUUGUAGUUGCUGUGUCCUACAGCCAAAGUGACACAAACAAAGGGUUGAUAGUAAACAAAUUGUGUUCCCCACUUGGUUCUUUAAUUAUAAGAAUUUAAGCCCUCAGUUUGAUGCAGUGUGGACUGAAGUCCCACACACUGUCUGCAGAGACAGAAAACAUAUUGUGGUUCUGAACAGAAGCCGUGUUGAGCUCAGUGAUAAUGGCUGAAUUCACACUGCUUUAUUCAGCUAAAGACAAUAAGAGAAGGAGGUGAAGCAGUGUUGCCAUUUUAACCAGGCACCGACUGUGAAUAAUUGUGUACAAUUAAAGAACUUUCAUUGUUCUGUGGCAGCGACGCUCAGAUCUGCAGGGUAGAAAAUGUAUUUUAGUUCUCAGAAUAAUGAAAUAUCAAACAAUUCUUUGUUGGGAAAAAAAAUGAAACAAAAAAAUACUCCUUUGUACGAUGACAGCCCCUCCUCCUGGCAUAUGUCUGUUGAUAAUAUUGAUUUGGAUCCAAACUGUGCGUGUGUGUGAGUGUGUGAAACGUUAAUGAGAAGGCAGAGUGUUUGAUUGGAUUGCAUGGUCUCUUUUGUCAUCUCUAUUUCUCUGUGCACAGAGGCUAUUUAAGAAACUAUAACUGUUGCUGGGUUGGCUGUGUUUUAAUGUUUUUUAAUCAAAUCGAGUUUUGUUUUAGUGUUGAUGAUGAUGAUGAUGAUGAGAGACACAUAUCUGUCGCUCUGUUUCUCUUUGUAUUAAUGUGGUUUUUUUUUUGGCAGAUGAAAGGACUCUGGGCAACAACAACCAUGAAGAUUUUCUUAUUUUUAGAUUCUAAUAAUGUGUUUGAGAAUAAAGUCAGUGCUGCAUUGAUGUGCAGUCAUUACUCCAAAA